AUGUCAGAGCCCUUGGGACAGGGGGAGUUAAGGAAUAAUAACCAGCAGGAUGGCGAGCUGGCUGAUGGUUAUGGUGAUGGUGACGCCAACGCCAAUGAUAUCAGGACAGAGGAUGGCAGGAGAACAACUGAAACAGUAGAGCAAGACAAGGUCAUCAUCUGGGGUAUGGACUCCCAGUGCGACGACCCCGAGCUGGCUGAGUUCGAGAUGUUGGAGUGUCAGGAACUAGAGGCGUACCUGGUGGACGAUGGACAGGAUUUUGUUGGGCUUGUAGAGCGUGACAAACUUCAAGAUCAACCAUUCUCACACAGCAAAGCCACAGUAAAACAGGCAACCGAUAAAAAGAGCAAGGAAGAGCGCACGUCUAUUACACAUGGUAACAGUGAACAGGAAUCUGAGAGUAAAGAAGUGUCCAGGACUGAGUUAAGCUCUGAAACUGAUGUCUUUGUGUCCUGUCUGUCCACAAUUUCAAGCAUGGCAACAGCUAUGGACACCGCUGGCAGGACACAAACAACCGACUCAUGGUACAUUGCCUCUGGUCCAUACUCAACCAUCUCAGAAGACCUGACUCUGGCUUCCCAGACUUGCAACAUUAUUUCUGAGAGAGAAAAGUCCUCUCAAAGAGUUGAACACCAUUCCCUCCUCUCUGGAAAAAGCACAAUACAUCCGAAAAAUGUCGAUAUGAAUUUGAAUUCCACAGUUCACUCAGAGGAUGUCAUAUCAGAAGCACAAGUGAGCAAUGGAGUUGUUCAACGUAAAGGGCACAUUGAAGAUGUCAAUGACGAGCACAAGAACAAUAACCAGAUAAAUAAAGCAGGGAAUACUGUUUCAUUAGUGGGAGGGUGUGAUAGAAAAAGAAGCACUGAACACAAGGCUUUACCUGUUGUAGAAGAAAGCAACACUAAAAUGGAUAAAAGCACACAAGCUGAUGAUGCCCCUGUUAUGAACUACAGCCCAUCCAAAACUGGUACAAAGGGGACUCAGUCAUCAAUUGAAUCCAAAGCCAUAAAGAAACAAGGAUCAUUUGAUAACACAUUGAAGAAACAAAACUCUUUUGACAAGAGCUUUAAAAAACAGCCUUCGUUUGAGAAUACUUUAAAGAAGCAGCUCUCUUUUGAUAACAGCAUAAAAAAGCAGGGCUCUUUUGAGAACACCAGCUCUUCAAGUCUAGAGAGGAGGAAGCCAUGGGGAAGCCCUAGUCGACCAGCAACUCCUUCCUCUCCCAGAACUACCUCCUGUUCGCCCAAGAGACGACCCCCUGGUUCUCCAGCCAAGGUACAGGGUGUCAGGGCACUGAGCUUUGAGCACAGCAGCUCCCCUCAGAGAUUUUUAAGUCAAUCGAUCAAACCACCAGGUAAGACAAGUUUGAGCAGUGGCAUCCCAAAACCUGUUAUGACUCAGCAGAGGGAGCCUGAAGCCAAGAGGUCUUCUCCUCCCCAGAAACCCAAAAAUGUCCGACCAAAAAUUAUCACCUACGUUCGGAAGAAUCCUCAAGCAAAAUCACAAACUACAGAUGCCCCUCUUGAAGCCUCUACACACCCACUGAGACCGUCUUCUUACUCCAACCCACCAGCUCAUAAAGAUCCAAAGGCUGGUCCUCAACCCAAAGCCACACCAGUGCUAUGUUCCUCCAACCUGCUGUUUGACAAAUAUCGACAGGAAAUGCAGAGGUCUGGAUACUAUCCUCCAGGCACGGCUCUGACAGGGUUGAAGCCUCCAAGCAAUGCUGGCUCUCAUACUCUGAGUGGGAAAUCAGACAGCUCACAUGAGGAGGUAACUGAGAAAUAUCAUCAGGAGCAUGUUUCCCAAGACAGAGGUGGUGUAUACCGCUCCCCAAGAGCUCUUAGGCCUCAGCUGGGGUUGGGGGCCGUCACCAGGCAGCCUGUAGCGAAAACAAGAGUUCAGCAGACAGGUCAAAGGUCAGCACCAGGCCCUAGCCAUCCUACUCAGGCAGCUGGAGCGUCCACUCAAGGUUACCAGGACCCAGGAGAGCAAAGGAGGUCAGGUCCAGAGGCCUCCCCCAAGAGCCUCCUGGCCAAACCAGGCCAGUCUGGUCUCCGUCCUCCAGGCUUCUCUGCUCUGCCAGCUGCCCGUCUGGCUGCCUUCGGCUUCGUCCGGAGCUCUAGUGUCUCGUCUGUGUCCAGCAACCAGUCUAACGAAAGCAGUCAAAGUGAUCCUUGCCGACCCUCUCAGCAUCCCAGCAGCGGCAGCGAUGACACACCCCUCCACAAAGCUACAGUGGCCCCCAGUGAAUCUUCCUACAGUCAAAGCCGGCCUCAACCUCCCAACGCCCCCAGCCUCCAGCGACGCUCUCUGCCACCGCAGCACAGCUCCCCCGUCACUUCUCGGAGAGAGGUGCAGAAGGACCCAGAGGCUGCGCUGCCACCAAAGUCCUCCCCUAAAAGGUUUGCAGUGGUUUCGCCCAAGCCUCAGUCCCCUGUUCGUGGACGGACAGCAGCAGUCCAUGGUGCUGGUCAGCCUGAGAGGGUGCAGGAGUUGGACCGGGCUCUGAUCCAGCAGCUGCGAAAGCGCUGUGAGCAGCAGGACCUGCAGCUACAGAGCCUCCAGGCUCAAUUAAAAAAGGCCUCCCUGUGCCUGGACGUUUUCACCAUCACCACACAGCACUUCUGUCUCAAGAGUGAGAGUGCCAUUGUCAAAGAGAGGGAACUGUCCCUAGAGCUCGCCAGAAUCAGGGAUGAAGUGGCUUUCAGUGUUGCACACUGGGAGCAACUGCAGCAGGAGAAGGAGGAACUGGAACGGCGUUUUGAGGCUGAGCUGCAAGGAUUGCGCGCUCAGCAGCAAAGAGAGCUGGGAGCGCUGGAGGAGCGGCUGAAGGCACAGCAUAUGGCUGAGUGCAAGAUCCUGCAGGCCCAGCAACGCGCUGAACUACACGAUCUACGGGUCAAACAGCAGGAGCAGGUUGAGGAGAUGUUUGAGAACCAUGAGGAGUCCUUGAUGGAGAUGGAGACAGCACACAAUGACACACUGGCCACUCUGCAGGAGGAGCAUGCCAGGACUGUGAAAAAUCUGAAAAUGGCCCACGAGCAACAGAGGAAAUCUCUGGACGAGGAGUUUGAAAAGAUCAGAUUGUCACUGCAGGAUCAGGUGGACACGCUGACAUUUCAGAACCACAGCCUUCGAGACCGAGCAAAGCGCUUUGAAGAAGCUCUACGAAAGAGCACAGACGAACAGAUAGUGGAUGCUUUGGCACCAUAUCAACACAUUGAGGAGGACCUGAAGAGUCUGAAAGAAAUUCUGGAGAUGAAAAAUCAACAAAUCCAUCAACAGGAACUGAAGAUUACAGAACUGGAGAAAAUAGCUGAAAAGAAUGUGUACCUGGAGGAAAGAGUGCAGGUGUUGCAGCAGCAGAAUGAGGACCUGAAGGCUCGAAUAGACAAGAACGUAGCUGUGUCCAGGCAACUCUCUGAGGAGAAUGCCAACUUGCAAGUAAACGUGGAGAAGGAGAGCAACGAGAAGAAACGACUGAGCCGCACCAAUGAGGAACUGCUGUGGCGUCUUCAGACAGGCGAGCUGAGCCCUCGCAUGUCCCCCAGUUCCUCCCCCAUCCAUCGACCCUCAUCUGGACCAGGCUCACCUGCCCGCCCACACUCCUACCAUCAAUGA